AUGGCUUUGUCUGGUGGUUUCAUGGAGAAGGCUAAGCCUUACUUCGCCAUGAUCGCCUUGCAGUUCGGCUACGCCGGCAUGAACGUCCUAACCAAGGUCUCCCUCAAUGGCGGGAUGAGCCACUACGUCCUCGUCGUGUACCGCCACGCCUUCGCCACUGUAGCCAUUGCUCCCUUCGCCCUCAUCCUCGAGAGGAAAGUGAGGCCGAAGAUGACGUGGUCGAUCUUCUUCCAAAUUUUCGUCCUUGCUCUUCUCGGACCGGUGAUCGACCAGAAUUUCUACUACGUCGGCUUGAAGUAUACCGGGCCGACCUUCGCAUGCGCGAUGAGUAACAUCCUGCCGGCGAUGACCUUCGUCAUGGCGGUGAUCUUCAGGAUGGAGAAAAUAGAGCUGAAGAAGGUGCGGUGCCAGGCCAAGAUCUUCGGCACGGUGGUGACGGUGGCCGGCGCGAUGCUGAUGACGCUCUACAAGGGCCCGCUCAUGCACCUGGCGUGGACCAGGCACUCUCAGGCCGGCGGCGGUGGGGAGGCGCCCGCCGUAGUCGACCCCACCGGCAAGGAAUGGUUCCUGGGCUCCCUCUUCGUCAUCAUCGCCACCCUCGCCUGGGCCUCCCUCUUCAUCCUGCAGACCCACACCAUCAAGCAGUACACCGCCCAGCUCUCCCUCACCACGCUCAUCUGCUUCGUCGGCACCAUUCAGGCCGUCGUGGUCACCUUCGUCAUGGAGCGCCGCCCCUCCGUCUGGACCAUCGGCUUCGACAUGAACCUCCUCGCAGCCGCCUACGCCGGCAUCGUGACGUCGAGCAUCGCCUACUACGUGCAGGGGCUGGUGAUCAAGAAGACUGGGCCAGUCUUCGCGUCGGCUUUCAGCCCGCUGAUGAUGAUCAUCGUGGCGGUCAUGGGGUCCUUCAUCCUCUCCGAGAAGAUAUACCUCGGGGCCGUGCUGGGCGCCGUGGUGAUCGUCGUCGGGCUCUACGCCGUCCUCUGGGGCAAGCACAAGGAGACGCAGGAGAAGGAGGCAACGCCGCUGCCGGUGGCCACCAAUGGACACGGUGCCACGAACACGGAGAUGAUCGGCGCCGCCGGUGCCCGAAAUGAUCGUGACGCGACCGGGCCGACGAGGCCGGCCUCCAACGGACGUGGAGGUGGAUCAGCUAGUGCAGUCUGA